AAGCGACGAUGAAGCUUUUGGAUCUGUUCAUAACGUCGUCGAUACCAGUAGGAAAGAUUCUUGUGAUAACAGGAAUCGGCUUUUACUUGGCUCUUGAUCGUGUUAACAUUCUGAAUCAAGAUGCUAGAAAACAUCUCAACAACAUAGUUUUCUAUGUGUUUAGUCCUUCACUCGUUGCAAGCAGUCUAGCUGAGACUAUUACUUAUGAAAGCUUGGUGAAAAUGUGGUUCAUGCCCCUCAACGUUCUGCUCACAUUCAUCAUUGGCUCGUUUCUUGGUUGGCUUGUUAUCAAGAUCACCAAACCUCCUUCACAUCUCCAUGGCAUCAUAGUUGGUUGCUGUGCUGCUGGGAACUUGGGAAACAUGCCACUCAUUAUUAUCCCAGCUAUAUGCAAUGAGAAGGGAAGUCCUUUUGGAGAUCCUGAGACUUGUGAGAAGUAUGGAUUAAGUUAUGUUGCACUCUCUAUGGCGGUAUUCAAAAACGUUUGUGUGCUAAUUGUAUUAUAUUAGAUUGGAUCCAUUUGCAUAUGGACUUAUGUAUACAAUCUUAUGAGAGUGCUAGCUAGGGAAACUCCGAUAAUCAUCGGUACUUCCUCUACAGUGCCACUGAUCCCUACCAAAGUCGUUCAAGUUGAUCAGGAGGAGGUCUCUUACUCAUUUGGAACAUGGAGCAAGAUCAAGCAAAGAGUAUGUUCUGCAGCAGAGAAUAUCAAUCUAGGAACAAUCUUUGCUCCUUCAACUAUUGCAGCGCUUAUCGCGCUUGCGAUUGGGCUUAUUCCUACGCUAAGGAAGCUACUAAUCGGCAACAUAGCUCCACUCAGAGUGAUUGAGGACUCAGUAUCUCUAUUAGGGGAAGGGACGAUUCCUCUUCUGACUCUGAUUAUAGGAGGAAACCUUCUCAAAGGUCUGAGGGGAUCAGGAAUGCACAAGUCAGUCAUAUUAGGCGUGGUGGUUGUGCGUUACGUGUUGCUGCCAGUAUUAGGUGUUUUGAUAGUGCAGGGAGCUCAUCACUUGGGUUUGAUUACAUCCGAACCGCUCUACCAGUUUGUUCUUCUGCUUCAAUAUGUUGUUCCACCGGCAAUGAAUCUUGGUACAAUCACUCAACUAUUCGGGUCAGGAGAAAGUGAAUGCUCUGUGAUUCUCUUCUGGUCUUACGCUUUAGCUUCGGUUUCUCUCACCCUCUGGCCAACCUUCUUUAUGUGGCUUGUAGCCUGAACUAACACACACACACACACACAUACAUAUACAUAUACGUGCAGCAUAUUGCAAAUCCUUACUACUUUG